AUGUCUAUGCCCGCAAGAACAAGAGACUGCAAGUCGUGUGGACAACCUUUCGACUUGAGAGGUGUUGCCACUCAUGAGCGCGCGUGCUUUCGUCGAAAGGCCGAGCAAGAGAGAGAUUGGGCCUUCGAGGCCAAGCAACAUAGAGCAACAGGCUCCCCAGUUUUACCGAUUGCAGCACAUCCUGCUGCCGAGGCGUCAGGCCCGAUCGUCGACCAAGCACUCUCAUCGGGUGAUAAUGAUCAAUCCCUUACACCUAUCGAUGAGCCUGAUCGGCAACAAUCAAAUCUUGCACCUCCCACUGCCCCCGAUGUGCCUAUAACUUCCUCUGCCUCUGCAUCGACCUCUGCGCCUUCGGAGCCUCGUCUUGAUGACAUCCGAACCGAAUUCCACCCACGAAGUGGCAAAGCGACGGUCACGUCACACUUCGAGGACUACGGGCAUCAAGUCAAGGACCGCGCGCGGGUCGUUGUCAGUGAAGAGCCGUGGCGCCCAUUCCGAAGUCGUUUGGACUUCGAUGUUGCGAAUUUUGCUUUGCGGAAUGCCCUCAACAAAGAAGAGACGAACGCCCUAAUCUUGUUGAUGAAGAGAGCACGAGAAGAUGAGGCUGUCACUUUGUCAUCGCAUGCAGAUAUGUAUGAUAUUUUGGAAGGAGCCUCUCGGAUUCUCACUCCUCACGAAAAGACAUCUAUUCAUGUACCAUUUAAAGACACGGUCCAGGACUUUGAAGUCCACGUGAAACCGCUCUGGGAAUGGGCAUUGGAUCUUGCAGGAGACCCACUUCUGAGUCCACACUUUGUGUGGGAUGCAGAAAAGAUCUCGAAGUUCAAUGGAACAAGAUUCAUGCGCAUAUAUCAUGAACCUUGGACGGCAGACAGCUUCUGGAAUGUCCAGAUGAACAAGUCGUCAAUCCCAGAGGGUGCAAAACCAUUUUGCUUGAUUCUCUAUGCUGAUAAAACCAAGCUGUCUUCGUUUGGUGGUCAGAAAGGGUAUCCAGUAAUAGCACGGUGUGGGAACUUGCCAGUUGGAAUUCGGAAUGGUGAAGGUACCUUGGGUGGAGGUCGUGUUGUUGGGUGGCUUCCAAUUGUUGAGGAAGAUCCAGCAGAAUCAUCUACACCAGGAUGGGCCAAUUUCAAGAAUGUUGUAUGGCAUAGUGCAUUUUACAAGCUUUUGGAGACGAUCAUCAAAAUCUCGAAGACAGGUUAUCACUUCAAGUGUGGUGAUAAUAUUAUACGCUGGCUUUUCGUUUUUAUUCUGAUUUUAUCAGCUGAUUAUGAGGAACAAUGUUUUAUGGCAUUGAUACGAGGUGUCAAGGGAAAGUUCCCAUGUCCAGUUUGCUUGGUUCCUGCCGACCAUCAAAUUGAUCUUUCUGAGGAUUAUCCUCUUCGUACGGCUUAUGAUACUCAGAAAAUUUUUGAAGAGAUUGAUCGAACACCACUUCAAAGAGACAAGGAAGUGAUUCUUAAGUCCUAUAGUCUCCGUCCUGUAAAAAGUUCCUUUGCAUCUAUUGCAUAUUCAGAUGUAUACCGUGCACUUUCAUGGGACCGUCUUCAUGCCUAUAACCUUGGUUUGUUUGGCGGUCAUCUUUGGAAACAGCUUAAGGAUCAUCUUGCUAUUUUGGGAAAAGAUGCUGAAAAACAAGUUGAUAAUCAAUGUGAUAUGAUACCUCGAUGGAGGGGUUUAACCCAUUUCAAGAAUGUGAUCAAGAUUUCAUUUACUGAUGGUAAAAAGUUUGAACAUAUAUCCAAGAUUAUUUUAUUUGCAUCCCACAAUGUCAUUGGUGAUAUGCGCACAAACAAACCAGGCUAUUGUUUAUUGCGUUGUAUCCGGUGCUUUUUAGUCUUGGAUAUGUAUGCUUCACUGAAUGUCCAUACCGAAGACACAAUUGCAGCAGGCGAGCAGGCCUUACUUACUUUUGAGCAAGCUAUGAAGGAGUAUCUUGCAUUGAUUGAUGAUAGCAAGAAUUGGAACUUCCCCAAGAUGCACUCCCAUAAACAUCUUUUUGCAGAUAUCCGAGCAAAAGGUGCUACACGCAAUUUCAAUACAAAGCCAAAUGAGAAGCUUCAUGGUGCUCUUAAAAAUAUAUAUGACCUUCAAACCAACAAAAAGGAUGUGGCCACUCAGAUUCUGAAAAUUGACCAUUAUGUCCUUGUCAUGUCCUUUCUUCAACAGCGGAUUGAUUUGCUUGAUGAGUAUUGCAAGUCUGGUGAGGCAGCGGAUGUAGAUGAAGGGGAUGUAGAAGAUGAUAUCAAGCCACAGUCAAGAACCACAAUUUUAUCAGCAGGUCAUGUUUUACUUGGAGCUGUUCAGAAGGCCUGUUCUUUUAAUUCCUUGGAGGAAAGGUACAAGGAUGAUGUUGCAUUCAGUAAUUUCACACAGCGCCUAGGCCCUUGGAUGUCACAGUUUCUGCUUGCUAGUGGUAUUGAUCUCCCGAAUAACACCCCAAUCAAAUUUCAUUCAAGCAAUCUUAUCAAGGAGUAUCGGUUUCUCAAGGUUAAAUAUGAAUCUAAAGUUGACUGGAGAGAAACAAUGGAUUACCUCCAUUGCAGUCCUGAUUUUCAUCAUCAGGAACGAGUGGAUUGUGUUCUUGUGGACACAGUUGGCGGAGAUAUUUUUGCACAGCUUCUAUUUGUCUUCACCUGCUUUGUCAACAAAACCCCAUAUCCUCUUGCAUUGAUUCAACCUCUAGAUGCACCCAUACAUAUACAAAGACGGAAGGAUAAAGAUCUAGGCUUUAUCCGAGUAUGUGCAAAACCUCGACAAUCCUCCGAGUUCAUAUCUGUACGAUCAAUCAUUCGGGGUGCACUACUUGUCGAGGAGUUUGAUCGGAAAGAUAGCAGGGAGUUCCUUGUAGUUGAUGUUAUAGAUGGGGAUAUGUUUCUGCGUCUCCGAGAGAAACACCAGUGGUCAGUCCUGUCUCAUUUUACAGCAGAGAACCACCUAACAUAUGUUAAAGAUAUGCAUGCCAUGCUCUUGCUAGGCAGUGGGCACCAUGAAAUAUCAAUUGUCUGUCAUUGA